AUGGGCGGCCGGGGAUCAAAGAGCAGCGUGCAGCCCCUCUCCACAGAGGAUGCAGACGCAUCGCCAGCCUCGCCUGCUGGGAGCCCCCGCAAGUCCAUCUUCGGCAUAGACGGCCUGGAUGCCUCGAAGGUCUUGACUCAUCGGAAGACGCGGCAGAUGCAGCCGCAGUCUGAAGAUCUGCGUCAACUGGUGAGAAGUACAGAAAAUGGUAUGUGGGACAUAGAAGACAAUCAAGGCACCAGGAAGCCGCUACCGCCCUUGGCCGUUACCUGGUUCAAGAACCGGAACCUGGAGGCUUUGCACGGCUCUCUGGCAUUCGUGCCCUGGAUCGUGCAACAGGCUUACCUUCAGGGAGAGGUGGACGAUGGAAACAUUGUCCUCCAUCGUGGAUCUGGCGCUGUGGUCUUCUCCGAUGCCAGCGGCUUUACGGCACUGACCGAGCGACUCGCAAAGAAGACCAAUGGGGCGGAGCUCCUGUCGCAGUGCCUGACAUCCUUCUUCACGCCGUUGAUUCAGCUGAUCAAUGCCUACAGGGGCGAUGUCAUCAAGUUCAGUGGAGAUGCGCUCAUGAUCUAUUUUCCUGCUGUGGACGACACAGAGGUUGGCGACCAGAGCAAGUUCAAGGUGCCCCCUCACGGCUCAUACCACCAGCCGGACAUUGGGCCCAUGGCUACUGCAGUGCUCAGAGCUUGCGCAUGCUGCAUAGAGAUCCAGAAGCGGCUGCACAUGUUUGACACGGGCGUCGACGGGGUCCGCCUGUGCCUCCACAUUGGCCUGGGAUGCGGCGAGAUUGCGAUUCUGCAAGUGGGCGGCGUGGAGCCACCCGAAAUUGCUAUCCCGCGCUGCGAGUAUAUCAUCGCAGGUGCCCCUCUGGAGCAGAUCUCCAUUGCUGAGCCUUUAGCCAAAAAUGGAGAGACCUGCCUCAGUCCACAAGCCUGGGAACACGUGCAGAAUUAUGUGAUUCCGGACAAGAGUCGUCAGCUUGACAACGACAACUUCCACUUGCUCCUGAAAUUGGACGAGUCGAAGUUUACCUUUCCCACCGUGAAGGCUUCAGCACAGGAGCGUGACACUCGGAAAGACUUGCAGUUCACCAUCGCGGAGCUGGACAUCAUUCGAAAGUUUGUGCCGUCUGCCGUCUUCAAGCAGAUCGAAGAUGGCACUCUGACGUACGUGAACGAGAUGAGAAACAUUUCCACGCUGUUCAUCUCCUGCUCUGGGGUCGAUGUGUCGACUGAUGAGGGCGCAGACACGGCUCAGGAGCUCAUGGUGUCUGUGCAGCGCAUCUGCUAUGCCAACGAAGGGACCUUGAACAAGUUCCUGAUCGACGACAAGGGUAUGCUUUUCUUGCUGGCCUACGGCCUGCCGCCCUUGGUUCAUACGGACGAUGCCACGAGGGCAGUGCUUUCCUGCUUCGACAUUGUCCGCGCCUUCAUCAAGUUGGGCCUUGUGGCUCGCUGCGGCGUCUCCACUGGCCGAGCAUACUGCGGAGUUUGCGGCAGUGCGGAGCGCAUGGAGUACACCGUCCUCGGUGAUGCGGUCAAUUUGUCCGCCCGGCUGAUGGCCAACGCACCAGCGAACGGCAUCCUCGUGGACGAAGAGACGAGGACACGCUGCACGGUGGAGCUCAAUUUCGAAGAUCUGAAGCCCAUCAAAGUCAAAGGCAAGGAGCAGGCUGUGAAGAUCUUCAGGCCGCAGCUGGCCAUCACCAGUCCUCACAUAGGUGUCGGACCGGAAGGAAAGAUUCUGUUUCCCUGGUACGAGCGCAGCUUGACGGCUGGUGCCCAAGGCGACAAGACGACCAUCGCCGAGGUUCUGCAGACAAACGUCAUGAAGCUUUGUGGUCUGCCGGAUUGGGAUGGGGUCUGCAAGGUGCAAAGUUGGCUUGGUGGCUCCUAUGACAAGGUCCUUCACCAAGAACCACCUAGGGCUCCGUCUACACGGCCCAGCAGGCUGGAGAACCCUCCAUCCAACAGUCCUUUUUCCAGCGGUGGGUCCGUGGUGUUGCACGGCCCAGCAGGGUUGGGCAAGAUCGAGCUGGCACAGCAUGUUGUCGUCUAUGCGGCGCAGAAGUAUUUUAUGAUGCCUGUUAUUGGGACCAUGGGCCCGCGCACGCAAGACCUGGCCCGAAUGGGCGCGGAGCUGGUUCGGAGCUGCCUGGGAGCUUAUCGCCAUGCAGUUGAUCCAUCGCUUCCAGACGACGAAGGGCAGGCUUUAAGCAAACUCCUUCCUCACCUGGAAUCAGUGGACAAGCUCCCGGACCUUCUUCGAGAUGCCUACGAAGGUGGCGUGCACGAGGACACCCGUGUGUCUGCGCUGCACGAGCUUGCAGAUGUGGCUGCGUCUCUUAUAGAACGGCUGCGGAGCCACGUUGCUGUCAUCAUUGUUUGCCAACUCGAGUUCGGCACCACGCUUUUCGACAAAACCCUGGGCCACUUCAACUGCUUCUAUGAGGUAGUGUCAAAGCUUCUGAGACUAGCGGAAGAGAAGACGAGCAACCCAGUUGUUCUCUUCACUCUCUGCAAGAAUCCGGACACGAAUCACGAGUUCGUCAAGGCAUCAGCUGCCCGAAAUUGGGUCGUGGAGCUCACGGGUCUGUCGGAAGACAUCUGCCAGGAGUACAUGGCCGAACACUUGGAGGUGCCCAUGUCGUCCAUACCCGACAGCGUGACCAACUUUGUGUCCAAAAUUUCCUUGGGAAAUCCACUGUACAUUCGCGAAUCUUUGGGCCAACUCUUGCAGGACGGCCACCUCAAGGUGGAGCGAGAAGCGGAGACGGAUCCUUUGGUCUACCAGAACACUGAGGAUCUUGAGACGGUUGAUAUUGCGACGUGGUCGCACACAGCAAUGGUCGGAGAGACCAUGUGUCUACUAGAGUCGCUGGACCCUCUGGAGGCGGCCGUGGUGAAGAUGAGCACCGUCUUCUCCAGCAGCUUCUCCCUCUCUGACCUGGCCUCGAGCACCUGCUCCAGGUGGUCUGGCUCCAAUUUUUUCGACUACAUGCGUCUCUUCCAUGCAGUGCAGGACCUGGAGAAGCGUGGAAUUGUCCAGAAGAUUGCAGUGACGCGGAAAGUGGAAACGACGGUUUUGGUCAGGAGCCACUCCGUGCUGACCGGCCGGCGAGGCAGCAAGCAGGAUGAGAAACCCAAAGGAAGGAAGUCUCUGAAGGACACCAAGGAGACCUCUUCAGCCCGGGAGCUGCAGAUGUUCGCCAUGAACAAUGUGCUGAUCCGCAAAGUCGGAAGCUCCAUGCUGCUAGAGGCGCAGAAGAAGAAAGUCAAAAGGCAGGCGUUGAUCGAGCGUGCUCUGAUUCGAGAUCUGCCAGCUCGCAUAGAAGAGCUCCAGAAGAAGAAGAAGGAGCCGCACAUCCCCUGGUACUACGAGAACAUCUUGACCAGGAGUUGA